AUCGGUCAGAAUACAAAACCCCAAGAGAUUAAAAAACGGCCGUGCGUGGACUCGCCGGUGGAUGGUUUUCCGGCUCCACCUUCCUCUCUUAAAAUAAUACAAGAAAGCAACUCUCUUCUAUUCCGUCUCACCUCCAAAGUAAAGCUUUCUCCCUUCCACAUAGAGAGAGCCUGUUUUAAAUAGGGAUGGCGAUCUUGUACGCGCUGGUGGCGCGAGGAACCGUAGUACUUGCGGAGUUCAGCGCCGUGACAGGUAACACAGGGGCAGUUGCUCGGCGGAUCAUUGAGAAGCUCCCGGCGGAAGAAGAAUCUAGGCUCUGCUUUGCUCAAGAUCGAUUCAUAUUUCACAUACUUAAAUCCGAUGGCCUCAUCUUUCUGUGCAUGGCCAAUGACACCUUUGGCAGGAGAAUUCCAUUUUCCUACUUGGAGGACAUUCACAUGAGGUUUAUGAAAAACUAUGGUAAAGUGGCCCAUUAUGCACCUGCUUAUGCGAUGAAUGAUGAAUUUUCGAGGGCCUUGCAUCAGCAGAUGGAGUUUUUCUCCAGUAACCCUAGUGCUGAUACUCUUAAUCGUGUGAGGGGUGAAGUUGGUGAGAUUCGCACAAUCAUGGUUGAGAACAUUGAGAAAAUACUUGAGAGAGGUGACCGGAUUGAGCUCCUUGUUGACAAAACUGCAACAAUGCAAGAUAGUGCUUUUCACUUCAGGAAGCAGUCCAAGCGCCUGCGAAGAGCGCUUUGGAUGAAAAACGCCAAGCUCUUGGCCCUGUUGACAUGCGUCAUUGUUCUGGUUCUGUACAUAAUCAUUGCCCUUUGUUGCGGAGGCGUCACCCUUCCUUCUUGCAGAUCUUGAUUGUCAGUUUAAAUGGUGUUUGAUUUAUUCUUUUUCUGAGGAAUGCUGUCACGAACGAUGAAUUAUGCGAUCCACUUGUGUGAAUUAUGUUAAAAGGUGAGGUAUGAUGAAGUCUGAAAGUUUGAGGAUGACAUGCGAGCUAUUCCUCUCUAAUGUGCCAUAAACUAUUCCAUCCAUUUCCGCACUGCUGUUGCCUGCUGAUGUUUACUACUUUGAGAAGCCUGGUGCAUCUCUGGUAUUGUAGAUCAUGAAAUCAUACUGUAAAAAAGUACUGAAUUUUCAGCGUUUUGUUAUCUAGUUCUGAGGAACAUUCAGCUUUUAGUUCCUUAACAAGAUCAUCUUGUUCAACAAAUAAUUUAUGUCUCUUUCCAUGUAUACUAUGAUUCAUUUUAUAGAUUUCAACGUUGUGAUGUGAUUUAA